CACAUGAAUUAUUCACCACCGCUUUCGAACCCGCUUAGAGCACAAGUAGCACAAUCACACGUGAUUAAUUAAAACAACCCAAACUUCUGACAACUCACACAGAUAUGGGGCUAAGGUAAAGAAUUCUACUGAUUUUUCAAAUGGCUUUGUUGACUUAUCGUUAAGAGUUUCGUCACGUUGGAACGGAUCCUUGCACUUGUACUUGGGUAGCCUGUGGGAGAGUUAAGCCGGUAACGACAGGCGCGUGCCAAGGAAUUCCUUUGCGUGUCACCUCUGUGCCUGACAGAUUUCGCCUUAGAACUCAAUAGCUCAAAAUGUUUCCAUCGAUAGAUGUGCAAGAUAACUGCUGCAGGAAUGCAACUUGAAGGACACUCUGCAUCUUCUGAAAUCAACACCGAGUCCGUUAAGCGCGCCUCAAAUGACAAUUCUGAAUGUUAUCACUUCCUCCUCUUCUGAUAAACAAAGCUUGUUUAUGAAUCUCGCAGACAUAUAAUGCACGGUGCAUAUGAAAGAACGUGGAGUGGUGAUACCCAAGGUGUAAUGUCAGGAAUGGCAAGGGGGUUGAAUCUGGAUAAGAUUGCAUUUAAUUUUCGCUACUCAAGCGACAACGUUGCACGUUCGAACCCUUGGGCAAGAACACUUCUGAGCGGAGAUUUCAUUUUGAUUGCUGAGUUUGCCGAGAAUGAGGGACCAAAGCCAGUAAUGACAAUUCCCAAGAAUGCUGGAGAAAAUUUUGACGUGAAUGCCUUUGCUGUUCAUGUAAUGUCAGUAGAUUAUACUCAAUCCAGGGGCAGCAACUUUUCCAUUGUUGAAGACACUCAGCUGUUUUUAACAGAGAGAAAAGAUGGAAUUUAUGCCUAUGUUCACCAUUUUACUCUUUAUGAUAUUCAUGCUCGUGGUUUUGUAAGGCCCUACUGCAUGUGCUACAUUUCACAUUGCAAAAGAAAAAUGUUUUCUUUUCUUGACAGUUUCAUGGAUGAAUUUACCAAGGUGUCCAAGUUAUUUAGGCAUGGUAACAGAAUAACAUUCCUAAGAGACCUAGAAGAACGAUUGUGUGAUGUUUUAGAGUUAAAGGAAAAAAGUAUCUUGGAAAAUUCCUUCUCCAGUUGUCUUCUUGGUCAGAAAUGGAAGGUUACCCAAAUGACUGGAAAAUCAGAGAAGAAGGUGAAUGCUGAAUAUGAGUUGAUAUUGACUGAGACCAAAAAGUUGAUAGAAGUCCUAAGACCACAUAUAGUGAAUGACCCCAGGGUUGAACAUCAAUUUAAAAGGCUUGAAGACUUGGUCCAAGGAAGGACUCGUAGUUUCACUGUUGCUGAUGGUUGUCUUGAAGUAAGACAUGAAUUUAGUGAUCACAAAUUGCCAACCCACAAGCCUACAUUACGAAAAGCUGUCUCACUCCCAGAUAUCAAAUAUCUACUGAAAGGAUACAAAGAACUGAACCUAAAGCCUAAGUCCUGUUUGCCCACUUAUCUUAAUAGUAUGAAACAGUUACGACAUUUACAUGACCUGUGUGAGUGGGGAGCAAAAGAAGGACUCAGCAGACUUCGGCGUGUUUUUAAGCAUUACAACAGAGAAACUGCCGCACUGUUAAUUGAAAAGACGGAAACAAGCCAUCUAGAUCGCUUUCCCGCUCUUCUGACCAUUGGCCGCAGUGUAGUGUCUAACGUUCUUCGAAACAUCGACAUGAAGUGUGUGGACAGCUGCACGACCAGUCGCUCCCCCAUAGAUACUCCAAGUCAAGAGUGUCUUACAAGAAAGUCGUCGUGUGGUAGCUUAGAAAGUAUGCACAGCCUGGAUUCUUUUCAGUCCUGUGUCGAGGACGAGUUCGAAGGAUCCUCCAAGUCAAGUGAUGGAAUCCUUUCGCCAUUUACACCAUCCUCUUCAUUCCAUGCUGAUUUGCAAGGAGGAGAAAGAAAUGAAAUUUUCAGUAACAGUACCUCUGAAUCUCUUCUUGCGGAUGACAGUGACGUGAUGUCCACUCAUUCGGAUACAACUCUCACGAGAGCGACCGUUGAGACUGUGUCUCUGGCGGAUUACGCUUUAAUGGGGGAAGAGUUUCCGUCAAAUCUGAGUGGGUCUCCUCUCAGUAGACCAGCAAGUGCUACCACUGAAACAAACGUUGGGAUGCAUUUCAGUCAACUCAGAGGAAAGAGUUUAAGUUUAGAGAGUUUGGCGACGUCGCCGGAUUCAAAGGGUGGCCACCAGAGAAAAAGGAAAAAACUGGAUUUGCCGGUUUUGCAGAUUCAAAAUUCACCAUCGCCGCCGAAAACUGAGAGGGUUCCGAUUGUCAACACCUCGAAUGUUCCCUUCAGAAAUGCAAAUGUGAAAAGUAACUUGUUUGGAAAGAAUUCGGUUAGGAGAGUUAAAAGCUUGGAUACCCCACGAACGUCCGUGUGCAGUGGAGAAGAAAAAGUGCUUCAAAAAAGAUCGCGUUAUAACACAAGACCCGAAAUGAUUCGACUCAGGUGUUUUGCAGAAGAAGUUUCCCAGCCGCUAGCAUCGUACACAGGUUCUAACUUAUUAUCCUUGCGAAACAACUUGAGUUUUUGUAUUCACUUGCUGUACGCUCUUCUCUGUGGACGACCAGUGGUGGUCUUUGCCGAACCAAAGAAUGAAAGGGAAGCGCGAAUUGUCAUCUCUGCUUUGUGGAUGUUUGUACCAGAAAAUAUGAGUCAUGGAAAGGUCGUGGAUCCCUGGCGAACCAAACCUUUACAGAUUGCUGACCUUGCAUGGUUAAAACUUGUUGGCCUCGCAAAGAGUAAGCAUUUCAACAUGAUUCCCAAAUCUGUGAAGAGGUUUGUUUCUGUUCUCGACCUUGAAACAGAUCGUAUUGUUACGCCGCAGUAUAAGGGAUGUUAUAUUCGUCCAAUGUGCAAUAUUAACAACAUGUGGCCAUCAAAUGCAGCGUUAGUGGCAUUUGUCCAUAGCGUCUUCUUAGAGUUAGCGAACAAGGCUUACGUAUAUUACUUUGCCUAUUGCCUCGGAGGACUCCAGUGGUGUUGCUGUAAGAGCAAUCAGCAGUCACAGUCUGGACAGGCGAUCGCUGAUGUGGAUGGUCCUGGAGUGUUGAGCAGACUUAGAGUACAUUUUUCAGACGCCAAAAUAGUUCAGUAUUUCACUGAACUCAUCAAGCAACAACAGAUUGAUUACUUUAAUAAUCUUUCAGCGGAUCAAGAUUUUGUCGGAGAGAUAACACUUACUCCAGAAUCAGAUUCUGCUUCGGAGAGGAGAUCAUUACUGAUCUGCACUGAUCCGUCUAAGUGUAUUAUAUUACGUAAUUCGAAGCCCCAGGAGUCCACAUGAAUUUCAAACUCAGUUUCAGUUCAAAAAUUGUACUAGGUCCAUAAGUUGUUUUUUUCCCCACAGGUUGUUAUUUUUCUCCCAUUUCUUUUAUGAUCUUAGUCGCUUGGCUUUGCCCCUUGAAGGCGUUGAACCUUAAGCUACUUGCUGCAUGAUUUUUUAAGCAUAAUUUGUGGUUUUACAAAGCGAAAAAUUUCUGCGGUUUUCGAACUGACUUACUGUUUUGCACGAAACAUGCAGAAAACAGAAAAAUGCGUUGUGAUUAAUAGCUCCAAACGAAAAGCUGUCUUAUAAAAUAAUGACCUACUGGGUCUAAUUAUCAAUUAGCUCUACAGGAGUGCUUUUUUCGUAUGAAAACUAUUUCGAUCAACCGGCAAAACUUGGUUUGGUGCCUUUCUAUUAUCUCGUGCUUUUUUUGUACAUUCAUGAAUGCUUUGAUAAAUUAUUGUAGAUAUUAGGUAGAAUUUUUAAUUUUUUAAAAUAUCUUUUUAUACUUAAAUUAUGAAAAUCCUAUAUUCUUAGUUCAGAAAGCUAAAAGAUGAAUGAUUACCGAAGAGAAUAUGUAAUAAUAUCUUUGAAAAGUAAAUUUGUGUAAAAUGACGUGCCCUUCGAUUAUAAACCCUUCCUCUAGUCGUUUACGGUCAGUUUACUAUCAUUACCCGGGCCGAGGCACAAAGGACGCAUGUACCACGCGAUGGGAUGGAAAUGGAUGAGGAAUGUCGUUCAACUGCUGCGCUGUCAACAAAAUAGAAACAUGACGAUUUUAGAUAUAUGAAAAUUCACAUAUUUGCACUGCGGUGGAAAGAUGAAAUUAGAAGAUCCUCGCAGCUAAGAACACUACUGAAACGAGUAGUUGUAAAAUAGAAACAUAUUAAAUUAAAAGAUUGGACCGUCGUAAAAAUUAUCUCCGUAAGAAAAGAUCGAACUUGAAGAAUAAAUACAAUCAAAUAAAAGAUAUUC